CCUUCACAAUUUUAAAAUAUUAUUUAAGUCAGAGGAAAAAAAAAAACGAAAAUGGCAGGCUUUAUCUUCUAUAAUCUUCAUUUGAUCCGGUAGUAACAUAUCUGUGGUAUAGCCUUGGAAGAAGAAACCAAAGGGAGUGGCAGUGGAAGAUGGCCGCUAGCAGCGAUCCUAACCCGGAGGGUUCCGAUGAGCAGCAGAAACGAUCCGAGAUAUACACUUACGAGGCCCCUUGGCAUAUCUACGCCAUGAACUGGAGUGUCCGCCGCGACAAGAAAUACCGUCUCGCCAUCGCCAGCUUGCUCGAGCAUUACAACAACCGCCUCGAGAUUGUCCAGCUCGAUGACUCCAAUGGCGAGAUCCGAUCGGACGCAAAUCUCUCCUUCGAUCAUCCUUAUCCCCCGACCAAGACCAUCUUCAUCCCCGACAAGGAGUGCCAGAAACCCGACCUUCUCGCCACCUCCUCCGACUUCCUCCGCAUUUGGCGCAUCUCCGAUGACCACUCCCGCGUCGACCUCAAGUCUCUCCUUAAUGGCAAUAAGAACAGUGAAUUCUGCGGUCCUCUUACCUCCUUCGACUGGAAUGAGGCGGAGCCCAAGCGAAUCGGCACCUCCUCCAUUGAUACGACUUGUACUAUAUGGGAUAUCGAGAGGGAGACGGUGGAUACCCAGCUUAUCGCCCACGAUAAGGAGGUUUAUGAUAUUGCCUGGGGCGGCGUCGGUGUUUUUGCUUCCGUCUCUGCUGAUGGGUCCGUUAGGGUUUUCGACCUGCGCGACAAGGAGCACUCCACUAUCAUUUAUGAAAGUUCGGAGCCCGAUACUCCGCUUGUACGGUUGGGGUGGAACAAGCAGGACCCGAGAUAUAUGGCUACUAUAAUUAUGGACAGUGCUAAGGUUGUUGUUUUGGAUAUCCGCUUCCCGACACUGCCGGUAGUUGAGCUGCAGAGGCACCAGGCUAGUGUCAAUGCCAUCGCAUGGGCACCCCACAGCUCUUGCCACAUUUGCACCGCCGGGGAUGAUUCCCAGGCCUUGAUUUGGGACUUGUCCUCCAUGAGUCAGCCUGUGGAGGGCGGGCUUGACCCCAUCCUUGCCUACACCGCUGGAGCUGAAAUCGAGCAGUUACAGUGGUCAUCUUCCCAGCCUGAUUGGGUUGCCAUCGCCUUCUCCACCAAGCUUCAGAUUCUCAGGUUGUGAGAGCAAAAGAGCUGCAGACUCAUUUUUUUAGAACGCAUGGGAAGCAGUGAUUUAUGGACCCUGAACUGAAACACAAGAUCAAGACGACCACUCUUUGCCGUUUGGUUUAUGCAACAUAAUCUUUGUCGUUCUGUUGGACAAGAUGAGUGUGUUUUCAGUUUAUUUGGUUGUCUGAUAAGUUUGAUUAGUUACCAUAAAUGUGAUAAAUGAUGGGCACGAAGAUAUGGGUGGCUUACCCUGGGCUGCUUUCAGAUGCUUGUGUUGUGAUAAUGUUAAACUAGCUUUAGCCAUAGAAUUGUUAUGAGAAUGACUAAGUUCUUGAUUGAUCAAUGGAAAACCAAAUCAGUUAUAACCUUAUAGGUGAAAGGAGUGCUUUAGAAGGCAAUAUAGCAAUGGCAUCAAUGGCCAACUACAUGACUGAAGGACACCAAUUGGUUCAUGUGGAGUGAAAUCUUUGUUAAGGGAGAAACAUUGUAAAGGGUGGCGGCAUGGGGACGAGUGGUCGUUAGUAGAGCAAUAUAAAAUAUCUGUUGUCAUGUCGCGUCUUUGACCUCUUGCAGUUGUGUUGGUUUAGUUUCACAAGUUGAUUUUCUGUCCCCUGUUUUUGUUAAGUACUCUGAGGACGGUUGCAGAGAAAGUAUCUAAAAACUUUUAGUAUGUCUAUACUUUGGAGAAUUCAUUGUGAUUGCAUUUAACUAGAUACAUGAUAAACUUUGGCUAAUCAUUUUCAUUUCUAUUCAGAACAUAUGGUUAAUAUUAA